AUGACAGCCCUAUUCAACUUCCAGUCGCUCCUACUCGUCAUUCUCCUACUCAUAUGCACAUGCGCAUACGUCCACCAGCUCAUACCCGCCAUUAUGGAUCGGAACAAGGACGGCUUCAUCGGCAUAUUCUGGAAAUUCGCAAGGGUGGGCGAGCGGUUAAGUCCAUACAUCAGCUUAUGCUGUGUCGUCAUGGCGGCAAGUCUCCCGAUUCUCUGCAGCUUCACCUUCCGCUUCUAA